AUGUUACGUGUCUUGUUGAUAGGUAGCGGUGCUAGGGAGCAUGCAUUGGCAUGGAAGUUAGUCCAGAGCUCAAUGGUGGAAAUGGUUUACAUUACUCCUGGCAACGGGGGCACAGAAUUUCUUCCAAGGUGUCAGAAUGUCAAGCAAAUCAACCCACAAGACUAUGUUGCUCUGGCUUUCUGGGCUCAAGGGAAAGGUAUCAAUCUUGUUGUACCCAGUUGUGAAGAACCUCUGGUUGCAGGAAUCGAGAGUGCUUUCAGAACCCUUGGGAUUCCGUUCUUUGGCCCUACAAAGGAAUCAGCUCAGUUGGAGGGCUCUAAAGCUUUCUUCCAUUCAUUCACGAAACGGUAUCAAAUUCCAACACCACGUGCGGAGAUAUUCACCCGCUAUGAGGAUGCAGCAGCAUACUUGCGAACAGAUCGUGGUAGAAUGGUCAUCAAAGCUGUCGGACUUUCUGCAAGUAAAGGUGUUGUCAUCGCAACGGAUAAUGUCUCCGCUCAGCUUGUUCUGAAAGAUUUUAUGGUCGAUAUGUGUUGGGGAGAUGCUGGAGGCUCAGUAAUUCUUGAAGAAUUUGUCUCCGGCUUCGAGUUCAGUAUUAUGGCGAUGAGUGAUGGAAAUAAUUUCAGGACAAUUUCGACCGUUCGCGACUACAAAUCUCUCUUGGAUGGUGAUGAAGGUCCAAACACUGGUGGCAUGGGAAGCCACGCUCCAGUUCUGAUCUCUUCCAGUCUACUCACGAGGGUCGAAGAUACUAUCAUCCGGCCUUUAAUAGAAGGCAUGCAACGAGAAGGUUUGAAAACCUCCAUCUUGCUGUUCUUCAAAUUUCAAUUGAUUCGUACAGGCACUCCGUUCCGUGGCGUCUUGAAUAUUGGCAUCAUCUGUACCAACGAUGGACCCUUGGCAAUUGACUUCGAUGUUCGGUUUGGAGAUCCAGAAACGCAAGCAAUACUUCCUCUGCUCGUUACUGACUUGGCACUUCUCACGUUAGCUUGUGUAGAGGGACAUCUGGACACAGUAGAAGUUGAAUUUGCAGAUUUGCAUUGUGUUGCAGUUGUUAUGUGUGCUCAAGGCUACCCUGCGGCUGGCCACACUGGCGACAAGAUCCAGGUCAUCGACAGUCGGAGUGGUGAGUGA